AUGCAGGCCCCCGUCCUGGUUAUGAACACCCAGAGCGGUGAGAGACAGACUGGCCGCAAGGCUCAGAUGUCUAACAUUGCUGCUGCCAAGACUGUCGCCGAUAUCAUUCGAUCAUGUCUGGGUCCCAAGGCCAUGUUGAAGAUGUUGUUGGAUCCCAUGGGUGGCAUCGUGCUCACCAACGACGGACACGCUAUCCUGCGAGAGAUUGAGGUGUCACAUCCCGCUGCCAAGAGCAUGAUCGAGCUCAGCCGGACACAAGAUGAGGAAGUUGGUGAUGGUACAACAACUGUCAUUAUUUUGGCCGGUGAGAUUCUUGCGCAAGCCCUGCCGCAGCUUGAGCGAAACAUUCACCCCGUCGUCAUCAUUUCCGCAUUCAAGCGAGCUCUCAAGGAUGCUCUCGAGAUCAUUGAUGAGAUCUCCAUGCCGAUCGACAUCAACGACGACGAAGCCAUGAAGAGCCUGAUUUCUUCAUCUAUCGGUACCAAGUUUGUUUCGCGAUGGUCGGAUCUCAUGUGCCAGCUUGCGCUCAACGCCGUGCGCACUGUCACUUGGGAGAUUGGCAAUGGAAAGAAGGAGGUCGACAUCAAGCGAUACGCCCGAGUGGAAAAGGUCCCCGGUGGCGAGAUUGAGGACAGCAAGGUUCUGGACGGAGUCAUGCUCAACAAGGACAUCACACAUCCCAAGAUGCGGAGGAGAAUCGAGAACCCGAGAAUUGUUCUUCUCGACUGCACUCUGGAGUACAAGAAGGGCGAGUCGCAGACAAACAUUGAGAUCACAAAGGAGGAGGACUGGAACCGCAUCCUGCAGAUCGAGGAGGAGCAGGUCAAGGCCAUGUGCGACUCGAUCAUUGCUCUCAAGCCCGAUUUGGUCAUUACGGAGAAGGGUGUUUCCGACCUCGCUCAGCACUACUUUGUCAAGGCCAACAUUACUGCUCUCCGACGUGUCAGGAAGACGGACAACAACAGAAUUGCACGCGCUACCGGUGCCACCAUUGUCAACAGGGUAGACGACUUGCAAGAGUCGGAUGUUGGAACACAGUGUGGUCUAUUCGAGAUUGAGAAGAUUGGCGACGAGUACUUUACCUUCUUGACAGGAUGCAAGGACCCCAAGGCCUGCACUAUUCUUCUCCGAGGCCCUUCAAAGGACAUCCUGAACGAGAUUGAGCGCAACCUCCAGGACGCCAUGGGUGUGGCACGAAAUGUCAUGUUCCAGCCUAGACUUUCCCCCGGUGGUGGUGCCACGGAAAUGGCCGUCUCCGUCAGGCUGAACCAGUUGGCAAAGGGCAUUGAAGGCGUUGAGCAGUGGCCGUACAAGGCAGUCGCUGAUGCUCUGGAAGUCAUCCCGCGUACCCUCAUUCAGAAUGCCGGUGCUAGCCCGAUCCGAGUCCUGACUGAGCUCCGCGCCAAGCAAGCCGAGGGCAAGAGCUCCUGGGGUAUCAACGGCGACACUGGUGGCCUGGCUGACAUGAAGGACUAUGCUAUCUGGGAGCCCGAGGCUAUCAAGCUCCAGAGCAUCAAGACAGCCAUCGAGGCUGCAUGCCUCUUGCUUAGAGUGGACGAUAUCUGCAGCGCCAAGAAGGCAGCACAACCCGGUAUCGGCAUUAGCGGAGGUGACGAUUAA